AACGUGAUCGAAGACUCCGCCGUAAAGCAACCAAGUUGGUGAGUGGCAGCGGUGUUCGGCUGGAGGCGAGCACGUGUGGCCGUCGGCAUUAACAGAAUGGAAGCCAAAGGUAAAAGGAAAUUUACAGGCCAAGGUGGAAAAGCAGGCCCUGGUAAAAAGAAAUUUAAAAAGAAUGAUGAUUCUGGUCCUCCAAAAAGAUUUAAAAGAAAAGAUGGGGAAGACACCAAGUCCAAAUUUAAAUCUAAGACAUUUGAGAGAGGAAACAAAAAGCCUGGGAAAACUGGUGUGAAACAAUUCAAGAGUAAACAACUAUCAGGAAAGUUUUCCAGGAAGCGCAAACUUCAGGAUGAUAAAGAAGGAGGGUUGCAGCCUAAGAAGCCUAAGUGGGAUGACAUCAAGAAGAAAAAGAAGGAACUGAAGCAGAGCCGACAGCUGAAUGACAAAACCAACUUUGAUGCAGUGCUGAAGGGAAAGCAGAUUUGGGAAACUCUGCGACGGAAAAACUGUGACAAAGAAAAGCGCAAGAAGCUGUUGGGUGAACUUCAGGAGCUACUUCGUGGGAAAAUUAAAAACAUGGCAUUUGCUCAUGAUUCAACCCGUGUCAUCCAAUGUUACAUUCAGUUUGGCGAUGAGACGCAACGGCAAGAAGUGUUUGAAGAAUUAAGAGAAAGCUUCACUGAACUAAGCAAGUCCAAGUAUUCCAGAAAUAUUGUGAAGAAACUUCUUGUGUAUGGAACAAAGCCACAAAUUGCGGAAAUAAUCAAAAGCUUUAAAGGUGAGGUGAGAAAGAUGCUGCGCCAUGCUGAAGCAUCGGCCGUGGUGGAGUACGCGUACAACGACAAGGCAAUUUUAGAGCAAAGGAACAUGUUGACAGAGGAGCUUUAUGGGAAUACUUUCCAAGUCUACAAGUCGUCAGAUCACCGAACUCUGAAUGAAGUUUUGGAGGCUCAGCCUGAAAAGCGGGAGGCCAUUAUGGAUGAAAUGAAACAGAUCCUUACCCCAAUGGCUCAAAAAGAAGCUGUAAUAAAGCAUUCAUUGGUACAUAAAGUUUUUUUGGAUUUUUUUACUCAUGCAGUCCCUAAACAGAGAUCUGAAAUGAUUGAAGCAAUUAGAGAAGCUGUAAUCUACUUGGCGCACACGCAUGAUGGAGCCAGAGUAGCAAUGCAUUGCUUGUGGCAUGGGACCCCCAAGGAUAGAAAAGUCAUUGUAAAAACCAUGAAGACGUACAUAGAAAAAAUAGCUACUGGUGAAUUCUCACACUUGGUUUUGCUGGCAGCAUUUGACUGCAUUGAUGACACCAAGCUUGUGAAACAGUUAAUUAUAUCUGAAAUGAGUGAUUCCUUAACCAGCAUUGUAAACAACAAAUAUGGAAGGAAGGUCCUAUUGUAUCUUUUAAGUCCAAGGGAUACGACAUAUUUCUCACCAGCGAUCAUCAAAAUCCUACAACAGGGUGAUGGAAAUGCUUACAGCAAAAAGGAUGUAGAUGUUCGCCACCUUGAACUGCUGGAAGCUGUUUCUCCACCCUUAUUAAAGUACCUGAACCUACAUACUGAAGAAAUGGUGAUGGACAAAGCUGCAUUCAUUGUAGUGACUGGUAUCCUCAGGACUGCUAUUGGUGAUGUCCAGCCUGCUAUGAAAGCCAUUGCUGGUCUUGCAGCAAGAGAGAUGGUUCCAGGGGGCGAAGAUGGCCAGCUUCACAUUGCAGAACACCCAGCAGGUCAUUUGGUUCUGAAGUGGUUAAUUGAGCAAGAUGAGAAAAUGAGAGAGAAUGGCAGAGAAGGAUGUUUUGCAAGAAUAUUAGUAGAGCAUGUGGGCGUCGACCUUCUGAAGACCUGGGCAAAUGUGAAUCGUGGUGCAAUUAUUCUGUGUCGCCUUCUUCAGAGCUCUGACCAAGAAGUGGCAACUCAAGUCAAAGAUGGAUUAAAAAGUCUGAUUCCAAAACUAAAAAAGACUAAAAGUGAUGCAGUUGGAAUAAAGGCAUUGUUGGAGAAAUUAUCAUAAUUUAAAGUUAUUAAAGGGACUUUUCUAAUGUAAGCAAAUCCCUCCUUUUAAUAUAUUUAAAGGAAAUAUUUUUGGACAGGUCUGGGUAACUUUUUUUUUAAACCCUCAUAUAAUUACUUUAAUUUACCAAUAAAAACUUCCAAUUUUUCUGAA